GUAGUGGUCAGCAAAAGCAGUAUCCGGUAGAGAUGACCCAUAACACCUCAGAAAGCGAGAUGGCAAAUCUGAGGGACGAUGAAUUUGAGAGCAAAUCUGGCAGUGAGAACCUCGAAGGUGCCUCCGGCGAUGAUCAAGAUCCCAACAACCGCCCCCGCAAGAAGCGGUACCACCGCCAUACUCAGCACCAAAUUCAAGAAAUGGAAGCAUUUUUCAAAGAGUGCCCUCAUCCAGAUGACAAGCAAAGGAAGGAGCUGAGUCGUGAAUUAGGGUUAGAACCUUUGCAGGUCAAGUUUUGGUUCCAAAAUAAGCGAACCCAAAUGAAGACCCAUCAUGAACGCAAUGAGAACACACAGCUGAGAACCGAUAACGAGAAGCUCCGGGCAGAGAACAUGAGGUACAAAGAAGCCAUCAGCAAUGCCUCAUGCCCCAACUGUGGUGGCCCAACAGCUAUUGGUGAGAUGUCCUUCGAUGAGCAUCAUCUGAGGAUUGAGAAUGCUCGACUGAGAGAAGAGAUUGAUAGGAUUUCGGGGAUUGCUGCUAAGUAUGUGGGAGGCAAGUCAUUGGUCCCCUACCCUCUUCUCAACCCUCAAGGUACCCGUUCCCUUGACUUAGGGGUUGGAAACUAUGAAGUGACCGGCACAGGAGGGGAGAUUUAUGGGCCAGGUGAUCUCCUUAGAUCAUUCUCGGUACCAACUGAUGCUGAUAAGCCUAUGAUUAUCGAGCUUGCGGUGACAGCAAUGGAGGAACUGAUUAGAAUGGCUCAACUAGGGGAACCCUUGUGGCUUUCUGGACUUGAUGGUUCUACUGAGAUUCUAAAUGAAGAUGAAUAUAUACGGACGUUCCCUAGGGGAAUAGGGCCAAAACCCUUAGGGUUAAUAACUGAAGCUUCUAGGGAAACCGCUGUUGUUAUCAUGAAUCACAUUAACCUUGUCGAGAUUCUCAUGGAUGUGAAUCAGUGGGCGAGUGUCUUCUCUGGAAUUGUAUCAAGAGGCAUGACACUGGAAGUCUUAUCAACAGGAGUAGCAGGAAACUGCAAUGGAGCCUUGCAAGUGAUGACAGCAGAAUUCCAGGUCCCCUCGCCGCUUGUUCCAACGCGUGAGAGUUACUUUGUAAGAUAUUGUAAACAACAUACCGAUGGGACUUGGGCAGUGGUUGAUGUUUCCUUGGACAAUUUAAGGCCUAAUUCAUCAGGAACUAAAUGUCGGAGAAGGCCAUCAGGAUGUUUAAUCCAAGAAAUGCCAAAUGGGUAUUCAAAGGUCAUCUGGGUUGAACAUGUAGAAGUUGAUGAUAGAUCAGUUCACAACAUAUACAAAUUGCUAGUUAAUUCCGGACUUGCAUUUGGUGCAAAGAGAUGGGUUUCUACUUUGGAUCGACAAUGUGAACGUUUGGCUAGUACAAUGGCUACUAACAUUCCUUCCGGAGAUGUUGGUGUAAUAACAAGUCAAGAAGGGAGAAAGAGCAUGCUGAAGCUGGCUGAGAGGAUGGUGAUAAGUUUUUGUGCUGGUGUGAGUGCUUCAACUGCUCACACAUGGACUACAGUAUCUGGGGGUGGUGCUGAAGAUGUAAGGGUCAUGACAAGAAAAAGCAUAGAUGAUCCAGGCAGGCCUCCUGGUAUUGUACUAAGUGCAGCUACUUCCUUCUGGUUUCCAGUCUCACCAAACAGAGUUUUUGAUUUCCUUCGCGACGAGAAUUCUCGAAGUCAGUGGGAUAUCCUUUCAAAUGGUGGUGUUGUGCAAGAAAUGGCGCACAUUGCAAAUGGCCGUGAUCCUGGGAACUGCGUCUCUCUAUUGCGCGUGAAUAGUGCAAAUUCAAGCCAAAGCAACAUGCUGAUAUUACAAGAGAGCUGCACAGACUCCACAGGUUCUUAUGUAAUCUAUGCUCCUGUUGACAUUGUUGCCAUGAAUGUAGUGCUAAAUGGUGGAGAUCCAGACUAUGUCGCCCUCCUUCCCUCAGGGUUUGCUAUAUUGCCUGAUGGACCAAAAAAUCCUAGACGUGUAAUUGGUGAGGUUGGGUCUGGUGGAUCUCUUCUGACAGUGGCAUUUCAAAUCUUGGUCGAUUCAGUUCCAACUGCAAAACUCUCUCUUGGAUCUGUAGCUACUGUUAACAGUCUCAUUGCUUGCACCGUUGAUAGAAUUAAGACCGCAGUUUAGUUCGAGAAUACAUGAACUGGAAAGGCUGGCUUACAGCUCCUGAAGAACAAAUUAAUGAAGGAAAGAAGG